CCUUCAUUUAGUAUCCCUCACAAUUAAACCCAAACACCUUCACAAUCACAACCUUCUCUUUUUCUCUCUCUCUCUCUCUAACAAAAAAUGAGGACUUUGUGUCCAAAUUUGGAUAACGAAGAUGGCCUUGAAACAGUGCUCGAAGUUCCCAUACCGGAGGAGACCUUCGACGCCAACAGCAACGCCGUAUGGAGGACCUUGAAACCAGUCAUUACAUCUCAUGCAACGGACAGUGGCCGGAAUGCAGAGGUUCAGCUCUUGCUAGGUGUCGUCGGAGCACCCCUCAUACCUCUUCCCAUCUCCUCCGGUCAACCAGCCAUCAUCAAGUCAAACAUCAAUGACCACCCCAUCGAGGCUUCAAUGGCGAAAUAUAUUGUUCAGCAAUAUAUAGCGGCGACGGGAGGAGAAAGGGCUCUGGAUUCUGUGGACAGCAUGUUUGCGGUUGGGAAGGUGAAGAUGGUGGCGUCGGAGUUCAUUGCCGGAGACGGAAUAAGCAUGAACUGUAACGGUUUGAAUCUUGGUGGUAGUGUGAUGAAGAUCAAGAGUGUGAGAAAUGGUUGUGGUGAAAUGGGUGGUUUUGUAUUGUGGCAAAAGAGGCCGGACCUUUGGUCAUUAGAACUGGUGGUUUCCGGUGCUAAAAUCAGCGCCGGCAGCGACGGAAAGUUGGCUUGGAGACAGACUCCAUGGCACCAUUCCCAUGCGUCACGUGGACCCCCUAGACCCCUCCGUCGUUCCUUGCAGGGUCUUGAUCCAAGAGCAACCGCCAACUUGUUCACAAACUCCAUUUGCACCGGAGAAAAGACCAUCAAUGGAGAAGAUUGCUUUGUCUUAAAGCUUGAAGCAGAACCUUCGUCUUUACAAAUAAGAAGCAGCAAAAACGUCGAGAUCAUCCACCACACCAUCUGGGGGUAUUUUAGUCAAAAGACAGGACUUCUACACCAUCUUAAAGACUCGCAUCUCAUUAGAAUCAAAGCUCAUGGAAGUGACAACGUCUUCUGGGAAACAACCAUGGAAUCAUCGAUUCAAGAUUACCAAACUGUUGACGGAAUCAAUAUUGCUCAUGGCGGCAGGACACUAGUCUCCUUGUUCCGAUAUGGUGAGAACUCACAAAGCCAUUCGCGAACCAAAAUGGAAGAGGUUUGGACGAUUGAAGAGUUGGAUUUUAACAUAAAGGGUCUUUCGAUGGACUGCUUCUUGCCACCUAGCGACUUAAAGAAAGCUGAUGAUCAAGAAACAGAUGAUAAUGUAGAUAGUGGUGACACGAGGAAUGCCCGAUUAAUCACCAAGAGUAGAGGCGUUUUUUCAAAAGUUGGUGUUUCUAAGGUUGUGGAUUUUGAUCCUCGAACACUUGGAGAACAUCGGAGGACCUGAAGGCUUGUCACAUUGUUUAAUUAACUUCUACUUAUCUAUUUUGUACAUAUUUGUGUUAUAUAUACAUAUACGAACUCGGAAGUUUGUUUGAGCUUGUGAGCUACUCAUUUGCUGCCAACCCAUAUACGGUAUAUUUUUGUAUUCUAAGGAGUUGUAAUGAGAUAUAAAAGUGAUUUUUUUGUC